CGCUGUGUUCUUCCACGUGGCGGCGUUUGUGCAGUCGUGUGUAGUUAUUGACGUGAUGUCCUUGGAAGCGGCGUCGGGGAUGGAUAUUGACGGCGAGGUCGGGCGUGACGGUUUGUCGACGACAGAGAGGACGGUUGUCGCUGCGGCGGUGAAUGUCGUCCUUUUCCGUUGCCAAAUGGCGAGCAGAGAGGGGAAGUUCAAAGCGGUCGUUCGUGCACGCCGCAAGCUGUCGGCGCUGCCGACGAGUGGCCAGUGCUUGGACGUCGGUGCCAUUUCCGACGCGGUGUUGCAGGUCUGCUACGUGAUGGGGUGCGGCGCGUUUCCACGAGCGACUCCAAGGUGGUGGAUGAAGCGGCGGACGGGAGGUACGUGGGAGGAUCUGCGGCAAUGUGAUGAUGCGACAAAUGAGUACUUCAAGGACAAGCUUCGAAUGUCGCCGCGUGUUUUCCGCGAGAUCGCAGAGACUCGUUCCCCACUCCUGCAACGUCGUGUGACGUUCUACAGGGUGCCCUUGCAGCCGGACCACAUCAUCGCCUACGCUCUGUAUAUGUGGGUGACGGGGGAGACAUACGACAGCGGGACGUGUAGCUUCGGCAUUGGCAGGUCUUCCGGCAUCACGGCGGUGCGGGACGUCACUGCGGCAUUGCUUACUGCGUACCCUGAUAAGAUAUCCUGGGCCACAGACAUACUUUCGGUUGUCACUGCUGAUGUCCACGGCGGUUUCAAGCGGACGAGUGACACAAAUAAGCGUCACUGUCAGGAUGUCGUCGGCGGCGGCGCUGUUGGUGUUGUAGAGAUUAUCAGUGUUGUCAAUUCGUCAGUUGUCUUAAUUGUAGUUAUUGAAAUUGGCAGAGCCCCUGAUUCACAGGAUGAGACAGUGAUGCUCGCAGGAGCCGUCAUCAUAGUUGAGGUCAAUAUGAUUGGUGUAGCCCCCGAUUCGCCAGAUGAUACAGUGAUGCAAGCUGGGGGUGACGGCCGCAGCACUGCUGUUGAUGCAGACGCCGCUGAUGUUAAGGUCGUUGUUGAUGUUAGGGUCGCUUUUGAUGUAAAUGUGGCCGCUGAUGAUGAUGAUGUCAAGCGUGGAGCGGACUGUUCCGGACGAGUAUAGACAUCAGCCUCAGACUGAGCUUCAGUCAUCAGCCUCUCAUUCAUCUCUGCCCCCUGCUCUGCGCUCUCGUUGAACUUCAAGAUGAUGUUGCAGCUCAUUAUGAUAGUGUCAGCCCUCUGCCAAUCAACAAAAUCCUCCCACGUGG